AUCAAAUCAAGAGUAGUACGAGGCAACUUAUAGGCAUGUCGUAUCACAUUGCUCAACUAUAAACCCUAGAAGUAAAAAUGUUGAGAAGAAGAAUCACUUCACUACUAUCAUCGUUUUCACUCCAAAAUGUUCCAAUCUACAGCGAACCCAUCAAGAUUUCCCAACCCAUAUUCACAUCUUUACAAAAGUUUCGAUUUUUACAAUUUUCUCAACGCCCCAUCUCCAGCAUUGGAUCAUUGGGGUACCAGUUUCGCAGAGCUUACAGUCUUCUGAGCCUAAACGAUUUGCAAGAUAACAAAGGUUCUAGGAAGCAGAAGACUCGAAAAGGAAGAGGUAUCGGGUCGGGUAAAGGAAAGACGGCUGGUCGAGGACAUAAGGGUCAGAAAGCUAGAGGGACAUAUAAGUUCGGGUUUGAAGGUGGACAGACCCCACUUCGUCGCCGUGUGCCUAAACGUGGGUUUAAGAACCCAUUCAGUCUCACAUUUCAGCCGGUUGGGUUGGGAAAGAUUGCAAAGCUGAUAAAUGCUGGGAAGAUUGACUCGUCAGAGUUAAUCACAAUGAAAACUCUAAAGGAUUCUGGUGCAAUAGGGAAGCAAAUAGAAGAUGGAGCCAGGUUGAUGGGGCGUGGAGCUGAACAUAUUCAGUGGCCCAUCCAUCUAGAGGUCUCAAGGGUGACCGCUAGAGCUAAAGCAGCCGUGGAAGCAGCGGGUGGGUCUGUAAGGAGAGUGCAUUACAACAAACUUGGGUUGCGGGCACUACUGAAGCCUGAGUGGUUCGAGAAAAAGGGCAGGUUGCUCCCAAGAGCAGCAAGGCCUCCACCAAAACUGAAGGAUAAGGUGGAUAGCAUUGGGCGGUUGCCUGCCCCAACCAAGCCACUUCCUUUUGCAACUGAAGCUGCUGAGUCCAUGGCCGCUGCCCCAGCUUGAUAGUGACUAGCUUUCUUCAUGUUUUAUAGAUCUAGGUUCCAUUGCAAGGGAGCAGUUUUUGGCUUCAUGUAGCUUCCCUACUGCCUUUAUACUGGUUUUGAGUGUUCCCCAAUUGCCAUAGAUAUUCAGAAAUAAAAUCUAUUCACUUACUGAAGUUUUUGAGUGACCUAAAGUUCACUCAAGCAUGUAAUUUCUUAGGUAUUUCUGGAUUCUGGACUGUAACUUUUGCUUCUUUAGGUCGAAAUUGAGUGUUAAUAUUUCAUUCCAAAAGCAGGCAUAUGAAGAUGAAACUUUUCUCUA